AUGAAAAAUGAAGAAAUUUUAAUAAGAAAUUUUGAUAUAUUAGAAGCAUUGAGUAAUAGUUUGAUAGAAAUCCUAAAAAAUUUAGAAAGUAUUUUAUAUCACUUAGAACCUUUAAAUAAUUAUGAAGAAAAAGAAGAUGAUAUAUUUACAAAUUUAGGUGAUAGGAAAAAUGAUAUAGUAAUUUUAUCAAAUGUAAUAUAUAAUAAUAUUAACAAUGUUAAUAUUAUUCUACAUGAUUUUAUUAAAACUAUACCUCCUUCUUACACUUAUUAUAGCUCCUUUUAUUAUAAUGAUUUUCUUAUGUUAAAAGAAAAAAAAAACCUAUGUGAAAAAAGAGAUGAAAAAGAAAUGAUAAAACAUGACCAAAUAAGAUUAGGAGAAGAACCUUUAAAUAUAAAAGACAAAAAUAAUUUAAAUGAUGAUAAAUUAAUUAAUAAUAAUGAAAUAAUAGAUCCAAAUGCUAUUAGCAUUAAUAAUAAUUUAAAUAUGUUAAAAAGUGAUAAUUAUUUAUCACAAAAUAAUAAAAAUGCUAAUAUUUCAAAUGAAAAUGAAUAUGAACAAAUAGAGGAAUCCUUAUAUUUUUCUUUCUUAAUAGAUUUAGAAUAUUCAAAUUUAUUAUAUAUGAAAAAGUAUGAAGAGAAAAUUAAGAAAUAUUUGAUUCAUAUGAAUCACACCAAGUAA